CGUGCGCUGACUGGAUUCUAACUGCGGAGCAACUGUGCCGCGAGCCCGACCCCAGUUGGCGUGAGGCGGCGGGGGGUAGCGGCGGCGGGGCAGCUGGACAGCUCCUGUGGGGCAGGACAGAUGUUUCUGGACCAGAUGAAGCCUGAGGAGCCUUCCAGCUGUAAGAUAUUAGGAUAGAAAACUUCUGCAGAAGUUUUCCAGAUCCAGACAAUCUGCUGAAGACUUGCCUCACCUGUUCACACAAUGUCAGGAAGCCAUACACCUUCUGCCUCCGGCCCCUUCUCAGCCCUGACUCCAAGCAUGUGGCCCCAGGAGAUCCUGGCCAAGUACACACAGAAGGAAGAGUCAGCGGAGCAACCAGAGUUCUGCUACGACGAGUUCGGUUUCCGGGUGGACAAGGAAGGUACUCCCCUGGCAGAUGGGGCUGACCCCACGUCCAGCAGGCUGCCAGCUGAGUCUCUGGUGGAGGACCCUCCACAGCGGCUGCGGUGGCAGGCCCAUCUGGAGUUCACCCAUAACCAUGACGUGGGCGAUCUCACCUGGGACAAGAUUGCCAUCUCCCUGCCCCGCUCCGAGAAGCUCCGCUCCCUGGUGCUGGCCGGCAUCCCACACAGCAUGAGGCCGCAGCUGUGGAUGCGGCUCUCUGGAGCCCUGCAGAAGAAGAGGAACUCCGAGCUGUCCUACCGGGAGGUGGUGAGGAACAGCUCCAACGACGAGACCAUUGCUGCCAAACAGAUUGAGAAGGACCUGCUCCGCACCAUGCCCAGCAACGCCUGCUUUGCCAACGUGAGCAGCAUUGGGGUGCCCCGCCUGCGCAGGGUUCUCCGAGCACUGGCCUGGCUCUACCCAGAGAUUGGCUACUGCCAGGGCACAGGCAUGGUGGCCGCCUGCCUCCUGCUGUUCCUGGAGGAGGAGGACGCCUUCUGGAUGAUGUGCACCAUCAUCGAGGACCUGCUCCCUGCCUCCUACUUCAGCACCACCCUGCUGGGUGUCCAGACCGACCAGCGGGUCCUGCGCCACCUCAUUGUCCAGUACCUGCCUCGCUUGGACAAGCUGCUCCAGGAGCAUGACAUCGAGCUGUCCCUGAUCACGCUGCACUGGUUUCUCACGGCCUUCGCCAGCGUGGUGCACAUUAAGCUGCUGCUGCGCCUCUGGGACCUGUUUUUCUACGAGGGCUCCCUGGUGCUCUUCCAGACCACGCUGGGCAUGCUACGCCUCAAGGAGGAGGAGCUGAUCCAGUCAGAGAACUCGGCCUCCAUCUUCAACACGCUGUCAGACAUACCCUCCCAGAUUGAGGAUGCAGAGCUGCUGCUGGGGGAGGCUAUGCGGCUGGCGGGCUCCCUCACUGACGUGGCCGUGGAGACCCAGCGCCGCAAGCAUAUGGCCUAUAUCAUUGCAGACCAGGGCCAGCUCCUGGGGACCAGCACCACCACCCACCUCUCUCAGGUGGUCCGUCGUAGAACCCAGAGGAGGAAGUCGGGCAUCACCUCCCUGCUUUUUGGGGAGGAUGACCUGGAGGCACUCAAGGCCAAGAACAUCAAGCAGACAGAACUGCUGGCUGACCUCCGAGAAGCCAUCCUGCGUGUGGCACGCCAUUUCCAGUGCACUGACCCCAAAAACUGUAAUGUGGAGCUGACCCCAGACUACAGCAUGGAGAGCCACCAGCGGGACCAUGAGAACUAUGUGGCCUGCUCACGCAGCCACCGGCGCCGGGCCAAAGCCCUGCUGGACUUUGAGAGACAUGACGAUGAUGAGCUGGGCUUCCGCAAGAAUGACAUCAUCACAAUCAUUUCUCAGAAGGAUGAGCACUGCUGGGUGGGGGAGCUGAAUGGCCUGAGAGGUUGGUUUCCAGCCAAGUUUGUGGAAGUCCUGGAUGAACGGAGCAAAGAGUACUCCGUCGCUGGGGAUGACACAGUGACAGAGGGGGUCACGGAUCUUGUGCGAGGGACCCUCUGCCCAGCCCUGAAGGCUCUGUUUGAACACGGACUGAAGAAGCCAUCCCUGCUUGGGGGUGCCUGCCACCCCUGGCUGUUUAUUGAGGAGGCAGCAGGCCGAGAAGUAGAGAGAGACUUUGACUCCGUGUAUUCUCGCCUGGUGCUGUGUAAGACAUACAGGUUGGAUGAAGACGGCAAAGUUCUGACCCCGGAGGAGCUGCUCUACCGGGCUGUGCAGUCUGUGAACGUGACCCACGAUGCCGCACAUGCGCAAAUGGAUGUGAAGCUCCGCUCCCUCAUCUGUGUGGGGCUCAAUGAACAGGUCCUACACCUGUGGUUGGAGGUGCUCUGCUCCAGCCUGCCUACUGUGGAAAAGUGGUACCAGCCUUGGUCCUUCCUGCGCAGCCCCGGCUGGGUCCAGAUCAAGUGUGAGCUCCGUGUCCUCUGCUGCUUUGCCUUCAGCCUCUCCCAGGACUGGGAACUUCCUGCAAAGAGAGAGACAGUGAGGGGCUGUCCCUGUGUGCAGGAGGAGAAGAAGCCCCUGAAGGAAGGCGUCCAGGACAUGCUGGUGAAGCACCACCUUUUCAGCUGGGACAUAGAUGGGUGAUGCUCUUCCUCCAGUGGCCCUGUCAUGCCCAGACCCCUCCCAACAUAUCGGCUACCAGAGCAGCUCCUUCCUCAGCAAGAAAGCAGCACUGCCCUGCUUUGGACAGGGGCUGAGGUAGCCCAGAAAGAGCAAGGGGAGAAGACACUGGAGCUUUGGCCAGGCAUCAUGGUAAAGAGAGAAGGGGCACUGCCCUGGAGCACAAGGUGGGGGGCCUGGCUCAGUCUGUUCCACGCAGUGUCUUUUUGUAGGCCCUGGGCCCCAACUUUACUACUUGUACUGGUCAUAAACCUCGUGAGGAGGUAGAGAGCCACCUGUCAGUUUUCACUCAGGAAAGGAAUGGGGAUGGCUAAAGGCUCCUUGGCCUCUUUGGUUUGUAAAUAAAUUGUCUUUUUGAGAAAUCA